UUUAUAACGUGCUAUAGAAAACUGUUUGGCGAUUAGGCGAGGCGAUCCUCCAAUGGUGUCUUGUUGCCUAGGCACCCGCCUAGGUGUUGCCUUGACAACUAUGCAUUGGAUCUUAGCUCUGUGCCAGUAUGUAUGAGAGCCAGAACAUUGUUAAUUUUUUCCUUCCCCUCAAUGUACAUAAAUGCAUGCAUUUAAUAUGUCAAGAUGGUUUAUAUUUACAAAUGAUUUUUUAACUCUCUAGUAGCUAAUCUUGUGUAUCCUCACCAGACUUGCUUGUUUUGUGUGGAACAUGUCAGUCCUGAAAAUUCCUGGGGCAGGGGUUCUUCUCAUAUGCUGGCCUUUUGUGUUUGCCUGUACUUGAAAAGAAUGAAAAGUCUAUACAUGAGAAUUCAAAUUGUGAAAUUAAAACUCAGAUACUAUUGGUAGUCAUUAAUUAGUUGUAUCAUUAAUGUUUGUUUGUAUCAGUUGUGAGGAAAUGCAAUUGUGGGUUUUGAUGGCUGGCAAGAUGUUUUCAUCCACUAUACCAAAAAUGGUGGUUACAACAAUAUUCCAAAUCCAAAGAGAAACUAUCUUAUCAAUAACGAUACUUUCUACCAAAAGCGACAUUCUUCCCAAUAGACACUCUUCUAGCACCAAAAGAUGAUUCUUCAGGAAACCCUAAACAAUAGUGGUAUUAUUUUCCAUAUAGAAAUCUCCCAAAGUUCCUGUAGCUUGACUUGGAAUUUGAGGCACAAAAAUCUCAACAAUAUCUCAUUAUUUUGUCAUAGGAACUUUGGGAGUUUUUGAACCAUGCUCUAGAUUUGAUGUUUUGCACUUUGGGAGUUCCUGUAGCUUGACUUAUUCAAGAUAAAAUUCAGGGUGGUGCAAACUGUAACCAGAGUGAUCUCAAUCAACUGAAAUGACUGAAGAUGUUGUGGUCAAAGAUUGCAGAUCUGAUGCUUUGGUACAGAAAAGUGGCCCACCAAAUGAUGGGAAAAGAUUAUUCAAUUUAGUUUCUACAACUAUCACGAUGGAUAAAGGCAAUGAGCUUGACAUUACUUGUAGAGACAGGAAAAUUGAUUUAAAAUUGCCUAUGAAAUCAGAUAUGGUAACAAUGAAUCAUCCAGAAACGGUGAAGGUCCAAAAAGCUACUUAUAAUUUGCCUACGAAGUCAGAUGUGGUUACAUUGAAUCAUUCAGAGACAGAGAAGGUUGAAGAAGUUGGUUGUGCCAGCACAAAAAGUUCCGGUUCAGGUUCACUUGUAAAGUUGCAGGAUCAAUGGGCUAAAGAUACAGCCAAAUUGGAGCCUGAGGAGGUCCAAGCACCAGUCGUAGUUAUUACCGACAACCCUGAUAAUGUAAAAUCAUCUGUCAAGUUGCAAGGACAGAGAAAGAAAAGUAAAUCACAAUCCAGCCAAGUAAAUGCCCAAGAGUCUGGUGUUGCUCUGCCAUCAGUUCCAUCAUUGACCUCUAAAGGGAAACGAAAACAACCUGGUAUUCCUCGUACCAAGAAAAGUGAUACUUCAAGUUCUUGUAGUCAGAAGAGAGCAAAGAAAACAGAUAAACUGAUACCUUGGAUGGUCAAAGAACUAACUUUUGUUGGUAACAGCAGCAGUAUCAGCUUAAAUCUGCUGUCGAAGUCCAGAUGUCCUAAUAGGAAGAGAGCAAAGAGAACGGACCAGGUAAUUCCCUGUAUGGUCCAAGAGAUUGAUGUUGUGGCUAGCAGCAGCAAUAUCAGCUCAAAUCCUAUAUCAAAGCCUGGUUCUAGUACAAAAAGAGCAACGGGAGAGAGCCUUCUAACACCUUUUGUGGUCCAAGAACUAAAUUGCUUGGAUGAUAGCAGCAAUAACAUAAAUCUGUUAUCGAAGUCGAACUAUCCUAGUCAGGCUAGAACAAAGGGGUCAAAUCAGCCAAAUCCCAGUGUGGGCCAAGAGCUCAAUUCUGUAGCCAACAGCAGCAGUGAGCUCAGCUUAAAUUCACUGUCAAAAUCACAGGUUCAGAGUGGUAAGAGUACACUUUUUCCGUCCACGGUAGAUGAAAAAGAACCAAGUAUCACUUCUGAGCUUUUGAAGUCAGAAGCAGAUACAACUGAGAGUUUGACGAAUGAACAACCACCGUCCAAAUCUUGUGAUAUUGAUAAACCUAUAAAUGAGAUUGCUGGGCCAUUGUCGUUUCCUAGAAUUGAUGACUUGAGUAUCUUGAAGUUGGGCCAGUUGAGGGAGCGUGCGAAAGGACGAGGAUUGAAGGGUUAUACAAAGCUGCCAAAAGCAAUGCUCAUUGAUCGACUGAAAGAAGUGGGUUGAUUACAACUCCAUGGGUUGAUUUAUCAUUUCUGGUUUGUCCAUUUUCUGUUCUUCUCUUUUGCCCUUUUUUAUACAGUUUGAUAUUUUAACGAUUAGAUCAGCGAUACUAUAGGAGUCGCUUCAAGAAAUGAGCAUAACUUCUUGUCAAUGUCGGGCAUUCUUAGCUGUUGAAUGUGUAAUCGUGACAAGUACAUAUCACAUUGAAGUUAUUGAUAGGUGAAAAGGUUGAAUUUUUGGUCC